AUGACAUUCCGUACUCUCUUCUUUGCGGCCUGCGCUUCGGCACUUGCCAUGCCCCUGAACACCACCUUCACCUUCCCGUCUCCCUCCCCCUCUCCAUCCCGCCCCAUGCUGGAUGAUAUUCACCUCUGGGGAGUCGCCGUCAACCCACCCACUGCCCUACCCCAGGCCGCCACCGCCAACGACCUCCGGUGGCAGCCCUCUCUCGACUUUGAUACGGACGGCUGCUACAACGUCCCCGCCAUCGGCGCCGACGGCACCAUCGCCCAAGGUCUCCCACACAACUUCGUCUCCCCUUCCUCCGACUGCCGCGACCUGUCCGACCUAGACAACAACAAUGUCUACUCGCGACAGCGCUGCAACACCAACGGCUGGUGCGUCUACAUCUACGACUACUACUUCGAGAAGGACGUGGCCAUCCCGUACCUGCUCGACACGGGCCACACCCACGACUGGGAGCACAUCGCCGUCUGGGUUGACGGCAGCAACACAGCCAAGUACGUCGCCGCCUCCCAGCACGGGGGGUACCAGAUCAAGGCCGCCGCUGAUGUCAGGUGGGAUGGCGAACAUCCGAAGAUGGUCUACCAUAAGGACGGGGCGAGCACGCAUUGCUUCCGGUUUGGGAACGCGGCGGAUGAUGCCAUUGAAAACGCAAAGGGCGUGUGGUUCAGGGGCCCGUUGGUGUCGUAUAAUGGGUUUCCGGCGGGGAUCAGGGAUUUGCUUUAUGCUCAUGACUUUGGCAGCGGGAAUAUUGCCCUGAAGGAUUCAGCGUUUCCCGGGAAUAUCAUGAGGGCGAAGCCGGCUGCUAUUACGUUUGAUGCGUAUGUUGAUGCUUUGGGGUCGCCAGGGUUUCCAUAA